UUUUGCAUGUCGGAAUGUUCGAACCCCAGCUUACAAAAAUGAGGACUCUUUUGUAAUAGGUCCAUUUAAUUUUGAUUUUGAUUGGGAGGAUCUUAAUUCAACAAUAAAUAGAGCAUAAUUUCUGAGCACAGUAUUAUUCAACUAGACCCUCUUCACAGACUGCUGCAGAUUACUGCUGAAUUAUGAAGGCCUUCUGUGAGGUUGAUACGUUGAUGAAUUCCAGGAUGGCCAUACGUGUGAUUGUGUUUCUAACACUUUUUGCUGGACUGUGCGUUGCUGAUUCUAAAGGGAAUCUUGCUCUUCAUGCCAAGGCUGUGCAGUCCUCCACAAGCAACCCACACGGAGCUGCUCAACGUGCAGUAGAUGGAAACAGAGACUCUGAUUACUUUAAGGGCUCAUGCUCUCAGACUAAAGCUGAGUUUAAUCCAUGGUGGAGAGUUGACCUUGGAAAUGUCUACAGUAUAAGCAACGUUACCAUCACUAAUCGUGGAGACUGUUGCAAAGAGCGACUUAGAGGAGCUCAUAUUCGUAUUGGUAACAGUCUGGACAACAACGGAAACAACAAUGAGCUGGCUGCAACUAUUCUCACUGUUCCUGAUGGCACAGAAACAUUUUCAUUUGAGUCUGUUAUUGGCCGAUAUGUCAACAUUUUUUUACCUGGGAAUGAUGAAGUCCUUUCUCUGUGUGAAGUCGAGGUGUUUGCAGAUAAGUACACACCACCAUACAUUUGUGUUCCAAGGAAUCUUGCUCUUGGAGCCACAGCUGUCCAGUCUUCCACAUACGAUGGAUUAGCUGCUCAAAAUGCUGUCGAUGGCAACAGGAAUUCAAUUCGCAGUCAUGGGUCAUGCAGUCAUACUAAUGGGGACAAGGACCCCUGGUGGAGAGCUGACUUGUUGGAAGUCUACAAGAUAACAAGGGUUAGCAUCACUAAUCGUGGAGAUGGUUAUGUACAGAGAAUAAAUGGUGCUCAGAUCCGUAUCGGCAACAGCCUGGAAAAUAAUGGCAACAAUAAUGAGCUGGCUGCGACUGUUGUGUCCAUCCCACUUGGAGAGACACAAACAUUUAAGUUUAAGCCUAUUAAAGGCCGAUAUGUCAACAUUUUUAUACCUGGGCGCAAUGAAUAUCUCACACUGUGUGAGGUUGAGGUGUUUGCAGAUUAAGUGGAAUGAGAUGAUGUUACACCACAGUCCACUGAUCCUAUAAGCAAAAUACCAAACUACUGUUUUCUGAGCAAUACUAAUGCACUUUAUUCAUUGUUUUCAUUUUACCUGUGCACCUUUUAUUCCUAAGAUAAAAGAUAAGUUUCAGUGCACAUUCAGUAAAGGGAUGAAAUGGUUUUUAAAAUUGUGUAUUUCAUCUUUGUUUAUCUUUGCUUUCUACAUGAAUAAAUUACUACAGCAUU